ACACUUUCUUCAACACAAAACGUAGUAUCUUUAGUUACCAAAAAAAAAAAAAACGUAGUAUCUUUAAUUGUUUCUACAGUUUUCAAAUCUCUGGAUCAUGUGUUUCUUUGAUAGCAGGGGCGACCGAAACUUGACUAAAGUAAAAAGAGAUGUGGCAUGGUGGAUGGAAGCGGCUCCUCCACGGAUAAUUUAUCCGGAGAAGCCAUCUAAUACUCCGGUUCUUGAGACUAUUUUAGAAGAACGAGAGACCGAAGAAGAUGAUCAAGAACAUGAUGAGGAAGACCUUUGAUGAUCAUUUUAACUUUCGUAUUAGUAAAUCUUUUGUUUUGUAUUUUGUUAUAAAUGUACGUAUAAGAUGAGAUUUUGUAUAUUUAUAAUGACAUCUCAUGAUAAUUAGUUAAUAUAUAGUCUAUCUGUUUCUCAACUAAAUUAUGAUAAUAGUUCUCUGGGAUUUUUGUUUGGAA